UGUGCACCUACCGGCCGGCGCAGCAACUACCGCGCAGGCGCGCUGCCCGCGAACAAAGCCCAGUCGCCGGUUCGCAGCGGCAGCAUUGUGCAGUUCGCGGCUGGUUCCAGCGGCUCCAGGCGACUGGAGGUGGAACACAGGGCGAUGAGUGAGACCGCGAGCUAAGGAAGACUGCGCACGGCCGGUCUCCCCUCCCCUCCUGCACCUACCAGGGAGGCUCAACCCGUCGCCGCUUUUCUGCGAGCUACUUCUUCUCAGAACCAGGCGCAGACGGCGCAGCCAUGACGGCCAAGAAGCGCGACGCCCCCCAGUACGCCGGCGUGCCCGAGCCGGACGCCGGCAGCGGCGGAGGAGUGAGGCUGCAGGCCAAGAUGAGCCUCGUCAACGGCAUCACCGUCAUCGUGGGCAGCAUCAUCGGCUCCGGCAUCUUCGUGUCGCCCACCGGCGUGCUGCAGUUCACCGGCUCCGUCAACAUGGCGCUGGUGGUGUGGGUGCUGUCCGGUGUCUUCUCCAUGGUGGGCGCAUACUGCUACGCCGAGCUGGGCUGCAUGAUCCGCAAGAGCGGCGCCGACUACGCCUACAUCAUGACGACCUUCGGGCCCUUCAUGGCCUUCGUGCGGCUGUGGAUCGAGUGCAUGAUCGUGCGGCCCUGCUCGCAGGCCAUAGUGGCGCUCACCUUCAGCACCUACGUGCUGAAGCCCUUCUUCCCCGAGUGCGCGCCGCCCGAGGAGUCCACCCGGCUGCUCGCCGUGUGCUGCAUCAUGGUGCUGACGUUCGUGAACUGCUGGGACGUGAAGCUGGCGACGCGCGUGCAGGACGUGUUCACGUACGCCAAGCUGCUGGCCUUGUUCAUCAUCAUCAUCAGCGGCGUGGUGCAGCUGUGCAAGGGCGAGGUGCAGUACUUCACCUUCCAAGACACGGAGACAGACGUCACCAAGCUGGCGCUCUCUUUCUACUCCGGACUCUUCGCUUACAAUGGCUGGAACUACCUGAACUUCAUCAUCGAGGAGCUGAAGGACCCAGUGAGGAACCUGCCCCGGGCCAUCGCCAUCUCCUGCCUGCUGGUCACCGUCGUCUACGUCAUGACCAACGUGGCCUUCUACACGACGCUGUCGCCCACGCAGGUGCUGGGCUCCACGGCCGUCGCGGUGACAUUUGCUAACCGGUUGUUUGGGGUUAUGGCGUGGACCAUCCCCAUAUUUGUCGCACUGUCGACCUUCGGAGCUGUGAAUGGCAUCCUGCUGACGUCGUCCAGACUGUUCUACGCGGCGGCGUGCGAAGGGCAGAUGCCGGAGAUCCUCACCAUGAUCCAGAUCAAGAGGCUGACGCCGACUCCUGCGGUCCUCUGCAUGGCUCUUCUCUCGAUGAUCUACCUCACCGUCUCGGAUAUCAUUGCGCUCAUCAACUACGUCGGCUUCGCCACGUGGCUGAGCAUCGGGGUGUCAGUACUGUGCCUGCCGGUGCUGCGGUGGACGCAGCCGAACCUGCCCCGGCCAAUCAGAGUGAACCUCAUCUUCCCCAUACUGUACAUCGUGGCCACGCUGUUCGUCACCAUAUUCCCCAUGAUCGAGACUCCCUACGAGACAGGUUACGGAUGCCUCAUGAUCUUCUCGUCGGUGCCCGUCUACCUGGUGUUCAUCUCGUGGAAGAGCAAGCCACAGUGCUUCCACAAGCUUCAAGGUGCAGCAACUCAUUGCCUUCAAAAGAUCAUGGUGGUUCUGCGGCCAGAGUCAAAGUAGCGGCGACGCGCGCCAUGCAGAAGGCCAUGGUCGUGGUGGGCGCGGAGAGGCCGGCCGCAGUGUGAGGGGCGUCGCCCCGCGACAAGGGGACACCCCGCGGUGCGACGAGGCGUCCCGGCCAGCGGCGCCGCUCUGCUCACGCGCCCCAACACCCGGCACUACAGUUCCACGACGCGACGCUCUUGCAACUUAACCGCUUUCAUCGGUCUUCCAUUUUGUUCUGUAAUAUAUAUCUUUAAGUACAUUAGUUUGGUUGCAUGCUCAUUAAUUUUGUAAGAUUUUAGAAUGUAGUGUCUGUGGGGAUUUCGUUACCAUACUGCUUUUAUUUAGAAAAUUAAGUUUUGAUGUUCCUACAAAUGAAUGUUUUGUACAAGACUUGUAAAAUUAUUACGAUACAUCAUGAGAGAAAUGAUGAUGGAAGAAUGGAACAUUUAUUUGCCACUGCAGUAUUAAACUAGCUAUUUUUACAUGUUAUAUCUGAAUAUCCAAAGUUUAUGUAAUAUUAAUAAUGUUCGCGGGCUUUCACGGCUAUUGUCCGAAGUAGCUUGGCUUCUGGGUUGUAGCCGUGUCCUUGGCAACUGCUCCCCUGAUGAUGGCGACUGCAAUGUCGGCCGGAAACGUCUGUGAAUUAUUUGCCAAGGACACGGCUACAACCCAGAAGCCAAGCUACUUUAUAUGGUAUUCUAAAAAAAGUACCCAAUACCUCAGAUGCUAGGUGAACAAACACAGGAGAAGAAGUAGUGUGUGAGCGCAAGGGAGAAUGGUAGACUGCUGCUGGGCGUAGCCGCUUGCACAGGGACACACACUCCAGACAGCCUUGUAUCGCUGAGGGCAGUAAAAUUUCUUUGCGCAAGGGGCUACAACUUUCAAGCAUUACAAAAAUUCCGUUCGUACGAGGGGAACAAUAAGGUACGCGGUGGGGGCAACGGGUGACGAGGAGAGUGCGUCAGCAGCGACUAGUCACUAGCGGUCAAAUGGGAAAUUGUUAAGGAUGAAGGGGGGGUUUCAUAAUGUGGCAUGCUGUACGCUAGUAGUAACGGCCAAAAAGGGUGACGUCAGGGGAGAGGUAGAAAUGAAGCAGCUGUGAUGCUAUGGAAUUCUCGUAAUGCUGCUUGUGUUUGUCCACUCCUCAGUUUUCGAUUGAAGCUACCAUAUUUAUUUCAUUUGAAGUAUCUACAAGUUAUUUAUUAGGUGGAAAUUGUGCAGUUAAUUUUAUAAGUAUCAUUUAUUAUUAUGUGAAUAGUGUGAUUGAAAAUUUAAAUAAUUUAUCUCUAUCUAUACCUAAUAUUCAAGAGGUUGCUUAUUUAUAACUUUUAUCGAAGAUCUCCCCCGGAAAAUUAGAAAAAUUAACACUUUAAAAUAAAUUUUAAGACAAUCUGGAACUUAUUUUUCGACAGUAGUUUUGCUAACUUUAUCUUAAGUAAAUGUUGAUAUUAUUUCCUUAUGAAGUAUCUCCCGGUCAGUUUUAUAAAUGCUUACGAAUAAAUUCCGUGCGGAAUCGCGUAAUUAUGUGUGGCAAUAACAAAUUUGACAGUUCUUCUAAUAAGAAAAAAAAGAAUUGAAUUUUAUACUGAACAGAAUUUUAAUUUACAUGAUAGUAAAAUUUAAUUUUCCUUUUCCCAUUAGUAUCCAUGUUUCAAAAAGAAACACCGGACAAAAAAAAACAGAAAUGAAAAAAAAAAAAAAAAACUAGCCCAGGGACUGUCUCGUCACUACCCUGCGGAAACCCUCCGGCUUGUGGAAACACCACACAGGAUCUGUCUGGUAAGGGGCGCAACCAUUUAUGUUAUGUCUGGUACUGUAACUGCAUCGCCUCAGGUACCUAUAGCACACCGGCAAAUUGAAGUUGUUCUCUCUGAGUGAGGCAGGGGGCCGAUGUGGUGACUAAGCUGGUAUGGGUAGCCCUAGUCUCUGGUCACAGCCGGAGCUCUAACACCUUUCCCGAUUCUUGUAUACGGUGUAUCCAUAUCCACGCCCACGGGGGCCCCGGGGGGGGGGGGGGGGGGGGGGGGGGGGGGAAGGGCCUUAUGGCUAGGAGCUCUGGGUUAACAAAGUUAAGGGAGAGAAAUCCCUUAGACAGUCUACGUCAUCCCGUGUUUCAGUGAUGGGGAUGCACAAGUUCGACUCACACACACACAAAAUUUUGAAACAUAUUUUUAAAUAUUUAAAAAUUUUUGUUACUGAUGUCAUUGUUUCAUUUAUAUAUAUAUA